AUUUUUCUUUCGCUCUCUUAUGGGUCUUCUCUCUCGGCUCUUCAUUGCGUUCGAUUUUUCUCUCUAGCUCAGUUUCUCUCCAUUUCAAUCUCCCUCAAGGGCUGAGAUGUGUUUGGCAACUGGAGUUGGCAUGCUUGAGGGUGCACAUUGGGUAUAGGUGCUGGUGAGGUAGGCAAUCACUGGAGCUGGCAUGCACGUGGGGGCAGCAACUAGUAUUUUCUUCGUUUAGGUUCCUAAAAUGUUAUAUCAAGCUCAAAUUUCAAAAGAAGAACAGACACUUGCUAGUCCAUCAAGUAGCAACAAUGAUGACCACCACCUUGAUGGUGGUGGUAUUCAGGUUACUUGCUUCAGUGAAGCCAUAAACGAUGUCCCCAUCCAUUUUCAGAUAAUACGUCUCCCUAAGCAGAUAUAUGCAUGGAUUGGUUGCAAUUCUGCAAAAUUUGGGAAUUUGUAUGCAGCUGCCCCCACACGGCCUAACAAUACGGUGAGCGUUACAUCCUUACUUGGGGGUUCAUCUGAUAAUACAGGAUCUACCAUGGCUCGUCGGUUAGUGCUAAAGACCGGUCUAAAUAUCAUGUUGGCCAGCAAUAUUCCAAAAAACAGCCCCAUUAUUGAGGUAGCUGCUGAAAAGAUGUUGGUGCAAAAACUGGUCUCUUUAGGGCUCAUUAGGCCUAAAUCAGAAGGGCCAUCUACAUAAUAAGUUAUUAAGUUUUCGACCUCGUAAGACUUUCGAGGAGGAGGAGGACGACGACGACGACGACGUCCCCAAACACACCGAACCCUUACUAUCAAGGUACUCGAUGGGGCUCUCUUUUACUUCAUCUUUCUUAGAUAUUGAUCAAGAACAUCAUUCAUGUUUCAUGUUUCGUGUUUCGUGUUUUGAUUCGUUUUUAUUGAACUUCCUCGUUUAUUUUAACUUUAUUGUUCUUGGGCUAAAUUUGGAAUGAAAUUUGAAUGAUUAUAGUAUUUUAUCAA